AUGUGCACCCAUCAGAAGAUCGUGCGGAGUUUGGUGGUGCUCUCGGUGUUUGAGAUGGGACUCGGAGUUUCCAGCAUCGUACUGGGUGUGGUCGGGUCCGGACGCGCCCGAACUUGGCACAAAACACAGGGAGAAGGUACUCCGGUCUGGAGUGGCGUGAGUUUUCUCCUGUGUGGACUGUGUGGGAUUCUCUGUGCCAUGAAAAGAUCAGGACUGACAAUGAUUGUUUUCUCCACGUGCUGUAUCUGUGGUCUGAUUGGAGGAAUCCUGAAUGUGCAGUUUGUGCGGGCGCUUGCACGGCGGACAGACACCCUGCGUUCUCUGUACCUGGCCUCCGUGCUGCUUGCGUGUCUGGGCAUGGUGGGCUGUACACUGUCCACCUGGCUCACCUGUCGCCUGGCCAGCAGCGAACAGCACAGAAUGUUCAUAGAGCGCGAGCUCUCUCUGCAUCACUCCGUAGAGAUGACCGAGAAAGUGCAACCACCAGUUAUGUAG